UUUUUAGAGGAGCCAGCCAAGUUUGAAAAGUUUCACACUCCUAGAGGAAUCUUUAUAGAUAAUCUUUGAAAACAAAUAAUUUAGCAUAUUCAUCUUCCUAAAGAUAACAUUGAUUCAUAUCCUCACUGUCCAAAUUUUGGUUCAUUUCUGUUCUCGUACCUACAAAAUGACUGAUGUUUUACUUGGAAUCGUGAUUGAAAACCUCAUAUCUUUUGUUCGAGAGGAGCUUUCGACCUUUUUGGGUGUUGGAGAAUUGACUCAGAAGCUAUGUGGAAAUCUCACCGCAAUUCGUGCUGUCCUCCAAGAUGCUGAAGAGAAGCAAAUAACAAGCCGUGCUGUGAAAGAUUGGCUGCAGAAGCUGGCUGAUGCUGCUCAUGUUCUUGAUGAUAUAUUGGAUGAUUGUUCAACAACAUCAAAAGCACAUGGAGACAACAAGUGGAUUGCCCGUUUCCAUCCUAAGAAGAUUUUGGCUCAGCGUGCCAUUGGAAAGAGGAUGAAAGAGGUUGCUAAAAAGAUUGAUGAAAUUGCCGAAGGCAGGAUCAAGUAUGGAUUACAAGUGAAAGUCACGGAGGAGCACCAACGAGGAGAUGAUGAAUGGCGGCAAACUACUUCUGUCAUCACUGAACCGAAAGUCUAUGGAAGAGAUCAUGAUAUAGAGAAAAUUGUCGAGGUUCUUGUAAGCCAUGCUAUCGAUAGUGAAGAACUCUCGGUCUACUCCAUUGUUGGAGUUGGUGGAUUGGGAAAAACAACACUUGCUCAAGUGGUCUUCAAUGACGAAAGGGUAAAUACUCAUUUUGAUUUGAAAAUAUGGGUGUGUGUUUCUGAUGAUUUUAGUAUGAUGAAAAUUUUGGAGUCCAUCAUAAAAUCCACCGUUGGAAAAAAUCCAGAACUCUCGUCUUUAGAAUCAAUGCAAAAAAAGGUUCGAGAAAUUUUGCUAAACAAAAGGUAUUUACUUGUUCUUGAUGAUGUGUGGAAUGAAGAUCAAGAGAAAUGGAAUAAGUUCAAGCAUUUGUUGCAACGUGGAAAUGCAGCGAAAGGGGCAUCAGUUUUGGUUACUACCCGACUUGACAUUGUUGCAUCCAUUAUGGGAACUUAUCCGACGCAUCAUUUGGUAGAUUUAUCUGAUGAUGACAUCUGGUGUUUGUUCAAACAACAUGCUUUUGCAGCAAAUAGAGAAGAGCGCCCAGAGCUUGUAGCAAUAGGCAAGGAGUUAGUGAGAAAAUGUGUGGGUUCUCCUCUUGCCGCCAAAGUAUUGGGAAGCCUUUUGCGCUUUCAAAGAGAGGAAUAUCAAUGGCUAGCUGUAAAGGAAAGUAACUUUUGGAAAUUAUCCGAAGAUAAUCCUGUCAUGUCUACUUUGAGACUAAGCUACUUUAAUUUGAAAUUAUCAUUGAGGCCUUGUUUUAGUUUUUGUGCUAUUUUUCCUAAGGAUUUUGAAAUGUUGAAGGAACAACUAAUUUAUCUUUGGUUGGCUAAUGGUUUUAUCUCCCCCCGAGGAAAUAUAGAGGUGGAGAAUGUUGGCAAUGAAGUGUGGAAUGAAUUAUAUGCGAGGUCAUUUUUUCAAGAAAUCAAAACCGAUGAAAAGGGUAAUGUUACUUUCAAAAUGCAUGAUCUAUUUCAUGAUUUGGCUCAAUCUAUUAUGGGAGAAGAAUGUGUGGCUUCUGGGGUUGCAAGCUUGACUAAUUUAUCUAGCAGAGUUCACCAUAUAAGUUGCUCCUUUGGUAAGUUUGAUAAACCAUUCAACUACAACACUAUCCCUUUCAAGAAAGCUGAAUCAUUACGAACUUUUCUCGAGUUAGAUAUCCCCGUCAAAAAUUUAUGUUCAUUUCCAUCUACCACUCCUCUUAGAGCAUUACGUACAAGUUCUUUGAAUCUUUCCACAUUAAAGAGCUUAACACAUCUAAGGUACUUGGAACUUUUUGAAAGUGAGAUCAAAACCUUGCCUGAGUCUGUUUGUAAGUUGCAGAAUUUGCAAAUACUAAAACUCGAUAUUUGCGAUGAUCUAUCCAGCCUUCCCAACCAUUUGACACAGUUACAAUCUCUUAGGCAUCUUGUGAUUAAAAAUUGCAAUUCAUUAGUAUCAAUGCCUUCCAAAAUUAGUAAGUUAACUUGUCUAAAAACAUUGAGCACUUUCAUCGUGGGUUCGAAGAUGGGGUUCGGUUUAGCAGAGUUACGUGACUUACAAUUAGGAGGCAAGCUACACAUCAAAGGCCUUGAGAAUGUGUCAAGUGAAUGGGAUGCUAAAGAAGCUAAUUUGAUUGGUAAAAAGGAGUUGAAUCGCUUAUACCUAUCAUGGGGUAGUGACGCUAAUUCCAAAGGCAUUGAUACUAAUGUUGAGCGAGUACUUGAAGUCCUUGAACCUCCCACAGGUCUUAAGGGUUUUGGGGUGAAGGAUUAUGUGGGAAUACAUUUUCCCCAUUGGAUGAGAAAUACUUCUAUCUUGGAGAGGUUAGUUGAUGUUAUACUCUACAACUGUAAAAACUGUCAGUGACUUCCUCCACUUGGUAAAUUACCUUGUUUAACCACUCUUUAUGUAUCUGGAAUGAGAGAUUUAAAGUACAUUGAUGAUGACUUAUAUGAAUCUUCUUCCAAGAGGGCUUUCAUUUCGUUGAAGUAUUUGACUCUGCGGGGUUUACCAAACUUAGAGAGGAUGUUGAAAGCUGAAGGGGUAGAGAUGCUACCACAACUUUCCUACUUAAGAAUUGCAAGUGUUCCCAAGUUGGCAUUGCCAUCCCUUCCAUCUCUUGAAACCCUUGAUUCUGGUGGAAUAAACAUCGAGUUGUGGAAGCUCCUCUUUGAUUGCCGUUGGAUUGAAGUUGUGGAUUUAUUCCCAAAGGGAAUUGUGUGUAAUAUGCAUAAACUUAAGUCACUUUUUAUCAUACACUUCAAAAAUCUCAAGGUAUUACCGGAUGAUCUGUGCUAUCUUAGUGCCCUGGAGGAGCUUCGGAUUUCAAAUUGUGAUGAACUUGAGUCUUUCUCGAUGCAUGCGAUGCAAGGUUUAAUUUCUCUUCGAGUUUUGACCAUUCAACAAUGUGAUAAAUUAAUAUCCUUGACGGAAGGUAUGGGAGAAUUGGCUUGUCUUGAGAGACUUGAAAUCAGUUUUUGUCCACGACUUGUUUUACCAAGUAAUAUGAACAAGCUAACUUCCCUUCGUCAAGGGUCAUUUAGGUGCUUCAGCGGAAACAGCAGGAUAUUACAGGGCUUAGAAGAUAUCCCCUCCCUACAAAAUUUGAGUCUAGCACACUUUCAUUACCUGCCAGAAUCAUUGGGAGCCAUGACUUCUCUUCAAAGAUUAGAAAUCUUUUCAUGUGCAAAUGUAAUGUCGCUACCAAAUAGCUUUCAGAACCUCACAAACUUGCAUACAUUGCUUAUUGUUGGAUGCCCUAUGUUGGAGAAGCGAUGCAAGAAAGGAACCGGGGAAGAUUGGCAUAAGAUAUCUCACGUUCCUGAACUGGAGUUAACUGAAGCAGAACUUCACUUUAGGAAUAAUUAUUCACACUGGAAGAAGGAAGUGCAUUUGUUGCACCGUAAUGCUGAGCCAUACUAUAUGUCAUCAGAGGACGAGUUUAACACAAUAGUCGAUGCAUUCUAAAUGAACCUAAUGGUAUAAAUAGAAACCACUCCUAUAUACCAAAAUUGGUGGUUAUUUGAAUGGGAGAGAACCAAGCUCUCGAAACUUAGUGAAACUGCGUCUGUUUUCUAUGAAAUAUUUUAAUUCUGCAGCAGUGUAAAUGUUUGUAUUCAAUCUCUGUUUGAUUCAACUUUCUUUUGAGUUUCAUCAAUAAAAUCGUUAUUAUUCAGUGAA